AUGGUAUGCGCCAAGGACGACCAAACGCUCUGCACCAUCAGAGACGAACGGCCAGAAGCAGUACAGAAACGCUUUUCCGUAAUCGUACGUCCGCACUAUACCGUCGCCACGCUUUACGAGGAUGUAAGGCUACAAGCAGAACAUAAUGAUUUCGAGCUAUAUCUAACCAAUAAAGAAACAGAUGAACAGAUUCCCUUACACGAACGGCAACAAGAGAAGCUUUCGGAUGUCGGUGUAAAGUAUGGUACCGUGAACGAUCUUACCAUUUUUCCGCGGAAUCCACAAUAUUCGUCAACAUCAGAUGAUAUGUACUCCGAUGAUGAUCUAGCGCUUGGUGCAUCAGCUAGCCCGGUAGAGUCCGGUAACUACAACAUCCCAGAACCGCCGGAAAUUCAACCGCCCAUGCUGCGGCGCUUUAACAACGACAUCGAAGCCCAACAUUCUGCCAAGAGCAACAGUUUACCAGCGAUCUGUGCACCACCGGUUAACAGCAUGAGUGGCGGAAGCAUCAUCAGCAAUGGCUUCCAUCACGGUGAUGGUGGUGGUGGCGAAGGCGGUGGAGGAGUAGGAACGGCCGGAAGGGGAAGAAGAAUUGGUGGCGAUGGGGAGAGCGAGCGGUCGCCACAUUUCCGCGGUCUCGUGAAUCAGGCUAUGACCUGCUAUCUAAACAGUCUGCUGCAAGGACUGUACAUGACGCCCGAGUUUCGUAACGCGCUGUACAACUGGGAGUUUGACGGUGAGGAUGAAGCAAAAUCGAUACCCUACCAGCUGCAAAAGCUGUUCGUUAAUCUGCAAACGUCUCCGAAGUCGGCCGUCGAGACGACGGAUCUGACGCGCAGCUUCGGUUGGGAUUCGGCUGAAGGUUGGCAGCAGCACGACAUACAGGAACUGUGCCGCGUUAUGUUUGACGCGCUCGAGCAUAAGUUCAAGCGUACCGAACAGUCGGAUCUGAUCAACCGGCUGUAUCAAGGCCACAUGAUCGAUUACGUGAAGUGUUUGGAGUGUAAUACGGAGAAGCAGCGGGAGGAUAAAUUUCUGGACAUACCGUUGCCGGUGCGUCCGUUCGGGAGUACCGUCGCGAACGAGUGUGUCGAGGAUGCGUUGCAGGGUUUUGUGAAGCCGGAAAUUUUGAACGAAAGCAACCAGUACUUCUGCGACACCUGCAACAAGAAGUGCGAUGCGCACAAAGGGCUGAAAUUUACCAAAUUCCCGUACAUCUUGACAUUGCAUCUGAAGCGUUUCGAUUUCGAUUACCAAUCGUUUCAUCGGAUCAAACUGAAUGAUAAAGUAACUUUCCCUGAGCUACUGAACUUGAACCAUUUUGUUAGCUCAAAUUCUUCGUCCGAUUACAAGCUUACGACCAGCACAAUUGCAGCUGCGGCCGCUGCUGCCGCAGCCGAAUCUUCGUCCACCAACGGUGCUGUAAAUGGUAACGGUCCAAUGAUGAUGGAGACGGCAGAAAACUUUAUGAAAUCGGAUGAAUGCAGCACUACAGACAGUGGUUCGGCGCUUGAGGAGGACUCGUUCCAGAAUGGUGGUACAUCCGUAUCAUCAACGACUACCACUCCGAAUGACCAGUUUAUGGCGCAGGAUGACGAUGAAGGCAUCGAUAUGGAUUUGACGACCAAUGGCGAUAGUCAUAGCAAAUCGUCACCGAUGAACAGCUUCAACGCGCCUGGCCCAUACAAAUAUGAAUUGUUUGCCAUCAUGAUACACGCUGGCAGCGCUUCCGGUGGCCAUUACUAUGCAUACAUCAAGGACUUUAAGAGCGGUCGUUGGUUCUCGUUUAACGAUCAAACCGUUUCACCGAUAACACAAGAGGACAUUCAUAAGUCGUACGGAGGUGGAUCGUUUAAAACGUCGUACACCGGUGCAUACACGUCCAGCACUAACGCAUAUAUGCUAAUGUACCGUCAAAUCGAAAGUGAGAAGAAUGCUCUACCGAUCUCGGAGGAACAGUUUCCUGAGCAUAUUAAGCGCUUGGUGAUGAAAAUUCGAGCUAACGAAGGCAAUCAUAGCCGCGAUCACCUAGAUAUGACCCGAAUCACGGUAGCAUAUGCAAAUCCACGGACACGCACUGUGAAAGGACAGCGAAUGGCGGUGUUUACAAGCUCUACCCUGUCCGAGACAGUGCAGGAAGCCAUUCGAGUGCUGCAUUUGAAGGGUACGGUGCCAGUAGAGCGUUGCCGCUUGGUCGGUUAUGAUAGCAAUGCGCAUACUAUCGAGCGUAGCUUCGAAGGGCACGAGGACAAGUCGAUUGACGAGUGUAUGAGAAUGCUGAAACGCUCCGAUGCACUUCUGUUGGAGGUCCGCGAGGAGGGUGAAACGUUCGAGGAAUAUUUAGUGCAAGGCGUUAUGACUAAGGUGUACAAAGUGGACGUGAAUGCCCGUGACGUGGAGGGUCCACUAUCGAUACGAGUCAAUCUAUCACAAACGGUAGCACAAUACAGGGCUGUGAUCGCGCGGAAGCUAAAGCUGAACCCGAAAACGAUACUUAUCGGUAUGACGGUACACAAGUACAGUGCAAAGCUGCUGCAGAACGACGAUGAGACGCUGGAAGACGAACGUUUCAUCGAAUAUUGCAAGGUGUUCGUAACGACGGCACCCCAGCCCACGGUUGAUGAUCCCGAACAAUACUGUGCACGAUUCCGGCAGUUUAUGCAGCGGUUGGAUCACUUGGUGUCGCUGUACAUACUGUUACCGAACAUGGAGCCAGAUACGCUUGAAAGCCUCUCCAUUCCGCGCCUAUCCAAAGAGACCCUGGCUACGAUCGCUGGAGCCGACUACCCGAUGGCCGGCACGGGCACCGGAGACAGCAACAGCGAGGACAGCAGCCUGAGUGAUAAUGACCGUACGCUGGUCGAAGAUGACUUUGUCCACAUUAAGCUGAACGGAGAUUUGCAUUUGACCAACGGAGGCAACGGAGUGAUGAGCAAUGGUGUCAAGAGCAGUACCACCACCUCGACCACCAACGGUUUCAAGGAUGACGACGAAGAGGAAGACGAAGAUGCGAAGCUGGCGGAAAUGCUGCAGGAGUGCCGAACGCUGGAGUACUACUUCAAAGUGGCACCGUUGGAUACGACGAGUAGCAACAGCAACAGUAAUGGUUCCAACACCAACGGCAACAGCUCGGCGGACGAUAGCACACGCAGCCACAGCACAGACAGCCAGAAGCUAAUACAGGUGCUGAUCGACAAACGGUCGUGUAAUGCUUACUUGAAGUACCGACUGCAGUCGUACCUGCAGAUAUCCAUGGAUUACUUCAAAGUAUUUUCUUCGGAUGUUCUCUGCCCAACGAACGACAGCGCCAACUUGCUGAAAGCAUUGGAUUACAAAGAUGAUGAUCGCCUUGCUCUCGAAUUGGGCCGUGUGUUGCGUAAAGGCGAGUAUAAGCUGAACGUGAGCUACGUUAACGUGAACGACAUGACGGAGGAGAUGGACAACACGGUGUUCCUUUGCAGCACGAUUGUAAAAAAUGGCGAUUUGGUGGGCCAGAUAAAGGCCGACAUUCUCGCAAAUCUGCCCACGACGCUUGGCGAAGCGGCCAAAAAGUAUGCCCACCUGCACUCAAACAACUGUCGAUUGCGCCGUAAAGGCAUCAAGUAUCUGUCGGCGGUGUACAAGGAUGACGAGCGUAUCGGCAGAGACAUUAGUAUGCCAACGAACGUCGAUGUAUUCUUGCAAGAAGUUGAUGAUCUCGCCAGCCUCACACCGAUCGAUAUCAAUGAUGUAGUACUGUUGGUGAGAAGAUGGUAUCCAUCGGAAAUGAAACUAGGCAAAUUCCAGGAAAUUUUAUUCACCGACAAACUUGAGCUGACGAAACAGUUGGCCCGCAUCAGCGGAAUCGCGGAGGAAAACAUUGAGUACGUAAAGAUACCACAGACGACUCUGCACCGUGACAGUGUCCUGAACAUACAGAACGGUUUGCAAUGGGUGUCAACACCGCAGCACGCAGACGACUGUCAGAUUUACUGUGUCGGCACGCUACUCUACUACCGCGAUAGCACAGAACCACUAAAGGAACUAACACCGGAAGAGCGCAAAGAACUGACGAAGAAGGACAGCAGAACCAGCUCGACUUACUCACCCCGCAAGGAACGUGCGCUCAAAAUCUAUCUGGAUGCUUCGCCCAAGAAGGCCGACGACUGAUCAUCAUCACCUUCGGACGAUGGGGAAGUUGUUGUUAGUAAGAGGAAGAAAAUCUGUCCUUCAAGCCGAGAACAGC